GUUUUCACCCACUUAUUUCAUUAUUCGACUUAAAAAUCAUAUUUUGGAAGCAGAACCUUCCACUUCAAUUCAAUAUACGUAUUUCUUUACAUAUGUGUGUCAUCAUCUGUUUCUUAAAGGCCGUUGCAGCGAACAGAGACAACAACAACAUUGGAGCAACGAAGCAUAGCACCAGAUCCACCCGCACUCUCUGCUCCGCUUUGGCCCAAUGAGUUGAACCACAUUGAUGCUGUGGAGUGAGUGAGUGAGUGAAGAACAUGUUUCGUUCUGCAAGAUGGAGGAGCGACAAGAACAGGGUCAAAGCAGUUUUCAAGCUGCAUUUCCAUGCCACCCAGGUUUUUCAAUCUGGGAUGGAUGCACUGGUCUUGUCUAUAGUUCCAGGGGACAUUGGAAAACCAACUACGAGAUUGGAGAAAGCUACAGUUCGAGAUGGAACUUGUAGAUGGGAAAAUCCAGUGUAUGAAACUGUCAAGUUUAUUCAGGAGCCUAAGACUGGGAAAAUCAGUGAUAAAAUUUAUCAUUUUUUGGUUUCAACGGGGUUACCAAAAGCUAGCUCCAUUGGGGAGGUUUCUGUAAACUUAGCUGAUUAUGUGGAAGCCACGAAGCCCUCCUCUUUCUCUCUUCCCAUCAGAAUUUCUCAUUGUGAUUCUGUUUUGCAUGUAUCAAUUCAGAGGCUGCAAGAAAACGGUGAUCGAAGAGAAGAAAAUGAAUGUGAAGAUGCCAAAGUAAAAUACGAUGAUAGGAGCUCAAGGAACCAAUUUAGCAACGGUGAUAUGGAUGAAACCAGUCAAAGUUGUUCUUCUGAAGAUGUGUCUGCUAAAGCAAUAAUCAAUAGAGCUGAAUUGAGUUCUAAUUAUAGGACAUCUAGUGGCUCAGAUAUGACAUUGUCAAGUUCUGAUGACAGCUCUGGACUUGACACUCCCCGUGAAGUUGGACCUAGAAAAAAGAGCAUGCAACCCAACACAAAAAGGUUUGUUCCAGACCCGACCAUGCGCCAUGCUUCAGAACCUCAAAACCUUUCUCUCAAUGCCUCAACAUCAAUGCAUGAUGUACAUCAGAGAUCACACUGGGACUGGCCAGCUGGUUCGGAGCAUAGGCUAAGUACUACAGAAGAAGAUUCAACAUAUGGUUCUCGAUCUCAUCAUAAUUCUCUUCCAAAGGAAAACUCCCAACCUAUAGAGAUUGAAAGUCUCAAGGUUGAACUUGCUGCUUUGGCCAGGCAUGUGGAUGUGUCAGACUUGGAAUUGCAGACCCUUAGGAAGCAAAUUGUAAAGGAAUGCAAAAGAGGGCAGGAUCUCUCCAAGGAAAUCAUUGUCUUGAAAGAGGAAAGGGAUGCACUCAAGACAGAAUGUGAUAAUCUCAGGUCUUUUCAGAAACGCAUGGAUGAAUCCAAAGGGAGAAACAGGACACAGUUGGAAGGUGGAGAUCUUCAUGCUCUUGUUGAAGAAAUAAGACAAGAGUUGGAUUAUGAGAAGGGCCUAAAUGCAAACCUCCGACUACAGUUAAAGAAGAUGCAAGAAUCUAAUGCUGAACUGGUUCUUGCUGUGCAGGAUCUGGAUGAAAUGUUGGAGCAGAAAAAUAGGGACAUGUGUAACCAUUCCUAUACUAAUGAGCAGGACAAAAAUUUCCAAGAGGUAAGGUUAAGCCUCUCAAAAUGUGGAACUGAUGAUGAUGAAGAACAGAAAGCAUUGGAGGAGCUUGUUAAGGAGCACAGUGAAGCCAAGGAGACACACUUACUUGAGAAGAAAAUAGUAGACCUCUAUGGUGAAAUAGAGAUGUACAGGAGAGACAAAGAUGAGUUAGAGAUGCAGAUGGAACAGCUUGCACUGGACUAUGAAAUAUUGAAACAGGAAAACCAUGGCCUUGCUUAUAAGGUGGAGCAAAGCCAACUGCAAGAACAGUUGAAAAUGCAGUAUGAAUGUUCAUCUCCUCCUCCUGCAAUGAAUGACAUUGAAACACACAUCAAGAAUCUGGAAAAUCAACUCAAGGAACAAUCAGAAGACUUCUCAAAUUCUCUGGCUACCAUUAAGGCACUUGAAACCCACAUCAGAGGAUUAGAGGAGGAAAUGGAGAAACAAACACAAGGAUUUGAAGCUGAUCUUGAAGCAGUGAUGCGUGAGAAAGUUGAGCAAGAGCAAAGAGCAAUCCAAGCAGAGGAAGCCUUGAGAAAGACCAGACACAAAAAUGCUAAAACUGCUGAGAGGCUUCAAGAGGAAUUCCGAAGGCUCUCCAUGCAAAUGACCACUACAUUUGAUGCAAAUGAGAAGGCAACCAUGAAAGCAUUGACAGAAGCAAGUGAAGUGCGUGCACAGAAAAGUGUACUGGAAGAGAAGCUGCAUAAAGCCACGGAAGAACUAGAGUCAAGUAAAGCUGAUUAUGAGGAAAAACUGAACCAACUUUCCAACCAAAUAGAUACCUUGAAAGUUCAGAUACAACAGAUGUUGUUGGAAAUUGAGGAUAAGUCCAAGCAGCUUGAAAAUCAGAAGAGGCACGAGGAACAAGUUAGUAGGAAUUUAUCUGAUGAUAUCGGGUUACUAAAAUCUGAGAAUGUAAAGCUUAACGUAGAGAUUUCGUGCUUACGUGAACAAGUAGAAGAAAAAGAAGUUUUAAGAACUGAAUUGGAAGUUAUGAAGAAAUCAAUCGAGGAAUCUGAGACCCUUUUACAUAAAGGAACUGUGGAAAGAAAUGAACUGGUGGAUACAAUUGCAUUGUUGAAGAAGGAGGCAGAGAAGACACUUGAUGAGUUAAAUAGAAUGAGACAUCUUAAGGAUGAAAAAGAAACAGAGGUUAGAGUCUUGCAGUCAGAGUUGGAAGCCAUUAGAUCUCAAUACAGUGACCUGAAACUGUCUCUUUCAGAGGAUGAAGCUGAGAAAGAAAAACUACGAAAGCAAGUUUUCCAGCUAAAGGGUGAGUUGAAGAAGAAAGAUGAAGCAUUAAUCAGCACUGAAAAGAGGUUAAGGGAAAGUAAUGUACGCACACAACUUACCGAUGCAACUAAAACAAUUCCAAAGAACAAAAAAACUGCUUCAAUUCCUCAGAAUUCGAAGGAAAUAGCCAGUCUGAAGGAGAAAAUAAAAACACUCGAGGGCUUGAUACAGUCAAAGGAAACUGCCUUGGAAACUUCAACAACUUCAUUUUUGGAGAAAGAAAAAGAAUUCCAGACCAAAAUUGAGGAACUGGAGAACAGAGUGGAGGAAUUCAACCGUAGUAUUGCUUUGCAUAAGGUUGUUCAUGAUAGAAGUGUUGCUACUUCCAAUGAGAUAUCUGGACAAGUGAGAAGUACAGUUGAGCAUAUCAAUGGUGACACAUUAACUGAGUUAACAUCAUUGAAGGAAAGAAACAAAUCAAUGGAAAGUGAACUUAAGGAGAUGCAAGAGAGAUACUUAGAAAUGAGCCUCAAUUUUGCGGAGGUGGAAAGUGAAAGACAAAAGCUCGUUAUGACUGUACGGAAUCUUAAGAGUAACCAGAAAGGCUAAUAAGUUCCUCUUCAUAUCUCGGAGCCUGCGUUGUACAGAUGAAGCAGUGUCCUUUGCAGCAACGAAACACAUUUCAUAACAAAUAAAUUAAUGUUCAUAAUGCUAAAAUACGUGUAUUUUUUCCCCUCCUUUUUCUUAGUCUUGAUAUUUGCUUCCGAAUGCUAAAUGUGUUCUCCAUUGGGUACCAUUUAGCCAUGUUAUCAGUUUGUAUUGUCCAAAGUGUUAUUUUGUUACCAAUGGUUCUCUCUCGUUGUCAUGUUAGGCAAACAAGCAGCAGUUGUUUUAUUAUCUUAUUUUGCUUUUAUGAA